GCUGCCAUCCCCCCCGCCGCCAUGCUGGCCGCCACCGCCGCGCUCCUCCGCCGCUGCGCCGUCUCCGGCCUCCGCGCCGCCGCCGUCCGUCGCCCCGCAGCUGUACUGCCUGCCCGCUGCUACUCUCAUGGGUCACAAGAAUCAGAUGAAGAAUUUGAUGCUCGCUGGGUGACAUAUUUCAACAAGCCAGAUAUUGAUGCCUGGGAGCUCAGGAAAGGCAUAAACACGCUUGUGGGUUAUGACCUGGUUCCGGAACCAAAAAUCAUCGAUGCAGCUCUGAGGGCAUGCCGACGGUUAAAUGACUUUGCCAGUGCCGUCCGCAUCUUAGAAGUUGUAAAGGACAAGGCAGGACCUCACAAGGAAAUCUACCCUUACGUUAUCCAGGAGCUUAGACCAACUUUGAGUGAACUGGGAAUCUCCACUCCAGAGGAACUGGGCCUGGAUAAAGCAUAAAUCUUACCGGUGCAUUACUGGAGUGUUUCGCUGAUGCUCCCCAAUUGUACACAGUCACCUGGAGACACAGAUGUUAAAAUAUUACCUUAUUUGAAAUAAUUUCUUCCUUUAUUGAGUCACAAUGUACACCAUGUGAAGUUGGACCUAAUAAAGGAAAAACUGGUUUGACUGA